ACGACUGGUAACUUUGACGAAAAAUGUCAUAUACAAAACUCUGUGACAAAACAUCUACAAAUUAUAGAAAAAUUCAAAUUUUGUAAGAAUAAAUAAUUUAUUUCCUAAGUGUACAUUAAAGUUAUUAUACUGGCGUCCGAAAGUUAUUCUAAGAAAAUGCUAGACGGAUGGUAUUGCCGCUCUAUAGCAAAUAUGCAAGCGAGCGAGGCAAGUGUGAGCAAUAAUGCGCCUGUAGAGCCCCCACAGGCGCACGACUCCCACAAAGAAUAUUCCAGUGACAGCAGCAGUGAACCUGAACCAGAACCUAAUUAUAGGUCUCAGUACAUUUCACUGAAGAAGAAACUCAAAUACCUGAUCUAUGAAAAUGAAUGCUUCCAAGAUGCUCUAAGGUGCAGUCAGAAAAGACUAUUGAAAGUAUCAAGGGAUCGCAGUUUCCUCCUGGACCGACUGCUGCAGUAUGAGAAGCCAGAAAGUACUACAUCAGAGAGUGAGGAUACUGAGUCAUCUGAUGACCCUGAGUACUAUCGCAUGGAUGUUAAAAGAAAGAAAAUAGAAGCUGGUGCUGCCAACCAGAAUGUGUCAACAGGAUCAUCAUUGAAAGGUUCAAGUGCAGUGAAGAGGAAAAGGGCUGUUGUGCCAAAAAAACCUCCUAAUACUAGUCAUCUUCACCAAUCCAGCGGGUCAAUGCUUUCAAAGGUUUCGCCGGCGUUAGGUUUCGGCCUCUCUGCUGGCGAUGGCCACAUGACGCCCGAGGAGGUGGAGCGUCACCUUCAAUCACGCCAGUCUUAUAUGGAGCUACUGCCUGAGCGUGCACCCCCCACUGUGCCUACUGAAAUGUUCAGCAAUGAUCCUUCACUGGACAGUGAGUCUAAUGAUGUGCUGGAAAACUCGCCAAACGUAGAAGAAUGGUUUGAUUAGUACAAAGUUUAUAUUUUAUUUUAAGUGUAUUCAUAGAGAACUUUGAGGUGUAACAUGUGUUUGUAAUAUUUUCUAAAAUAAAAAUGCAUGAAAUACGUA